UUUCUACAGAACUUUGGUUAUCUGGUUAGAAACAGGGUCUCAGAACCUUUUCAAGUCUUCCUCCAAAAACCUACCAAAUCUGAUCCCACAUCCAGCAGCUCCAGAACCAGAACCAGAUAUUACCUGUGUUACUUAUUCAGCUCUGAUGAUGAUUUUUUAAAUCAAAUUGAGCAGAGGAAUCGUGGUGUUCAGUGUGUGUGUGUGUGUGUGUGUGUGUGUGUGUGUGUGUCAGUAAGCUGAUCUCUAUGAAUGGAGGGUCAGUCUGAAGCUGAUCUCAGAGCAGCUCCCUGUUUUCCCGUUGUCUGAACUGGUUUGGUUGUAACUGGAUCUUCAGCUGUGAUCUGGUGUUGGUUCUGAUUCAGUUUACAUGAUGUUUAUCUGUAGAUUAACAGAAACACUUCAUCUUCUUCUUCUUCCUCCCCCAGAACAGUGUGUUAUGACUUUUGGUGAUUUAUGUUGUGGUGUGUUUGGGUCAAGUGGACCUGAUGGGAUUUUGCUGAGACAGGUGGGGGAAAACACGAGAAACCAUCUCUUUAGAGCAUUUCACCUCAAAUAUUUACAGUUCAAAUGUGACCCAAAUGGGUCACAAAAACUUUUACUGACUUAAUCAGUACCAGCUUGUCUCAGAUGGCACCUUUUACUACUUAACUUUGGCAGAUUUUCUCAGUGGUAUACUCCCUAACUCAGCAUCCAUCUUGCAGUCUACGUCCUCUCUGAGCUUUGCAGCGAGUAAAAGUCUGUCCAAUGAUGACUCGUCUUGUGUUUCUUUGCUAAAUCAGCCAUGUUUAAAACAGCCAGUGUGUUGAUUUCUAGUUGCUACCAUGUGACACAGUUUUUAAUCACAGCUUACACCAUGUGCUCUAUUGUUGCACUCAUUAGCAUCGACAUGGAGGAUCCAGGAAGAGCCCAUUUUAUUCAUCAUAAUUACUCGGCAGCAUUUGGAACAGUGUCACAUCGCCUCCUUAAAAUAUGCAAACAGGAACUUUUUGUCGCAGUUUACGCAGUUGUUGCAGUAUGCUUUUUGUGAAAGCUCAUAUUUUGAUGAAGAUAAUUUUUUAUGCAGCCCUAGUUCACAGGAAGUGAUUUAAUCUCCUGUCAAAGCAGUUUGUUGAUUUUCAGUCAUUUGUGUGUGUCUUUGUUGUCUGUGAACUUGUAAAUAAAGAUUUAUGACCCACAGAAGGGUGAACAUGACCCAACAUACAAUAAUGUGUUUGUCAGACCUUUAAAUUGACCUUUAACACCACAACUGUCGCCCUCUGCUGGUCACUUCAUAGAAUACAAUUUAAAGAUGCCUCAGCAAUGGCUUCAUUUUUCAGACCCAGAGGUAAAAUCCCAGUUUUUGGCACAUGUUGUGGUUUUUGGGUCGGUAUUUGGACCUGGUUUUGAUUGAUUCGGGACUGGUUUUAGAAUUAAAUAAGUUUGAGCUGAUUUUGGACCAGCCUUGGACACGUUUUACACAGGUUUUGGACCAGUUUUGUAUUCAUUUUGGAGUUGUUUUAGACCAGCUUUACAUUGACUUUAAAUGAGUCUUGGAUGUGUUUUGUACCAGUCUUCCCCUGGGUUUUCAUUAUUUUUGGAGAGCUUUAGGACCAGUAUCAGACUGGUGUUGGAUUAUGUUUUAAGUGUUUCCCAAUCCAGGUCCUUGGAACCCCCUACCCUGCAUGUCUUAGAGAUUUUCCUACUCCAAUACACCCAAUUCAAAUGAAUGAAGUUCCCCACCAAGUUCUCUUGUCGCUUGUAAACAAGCUAUUCAUUUAAUUCAGGUGUUAAAGUAGGGUUACGUCUAAAACAUGCAGGGCAGGGGGUCCCGAGGACCUGGAUUGGGAAACACUGGCUUAAUGUGAUAUUCUGAUGCUGAAGUUAAUCUUUCGGGCUCUGAUUCUUCCUGCUGUUGAGAAAACCCGAGUUGAUUAAACAUCUGCAGUUGGUGACAGCAGAGCAUCUUCAGGUUUACUCUGAAUCCAGGACUUUGUAGUCUCAAUACCCCAUCAGCUGGUCCUCCAACCUGGUUUGGUUUCUAACAAAGGACGAUCAUUGCUUCAGCUGGGCGCUGUCACGGUGUCGCCUGACAUUUUGAGCUGCUGCCUCACUAACAGCUCAGUCUGGUUCCUGUCUCGGUCCAGCGCAGUUCAGAUCUGGUUCCUGUCAGACUGAGGAGUCAUGGUGGAGCUGUCUGAUCAUGUAGAAUCUAACUCCUCAGGUAUGUUAGUGAGUCACACCCUGAAAACACACACCUGGUCGGCAGCUGGCACACUUCUCCACAGAGCCGGACUCCCGAACAGCCACGUCCUUGUUGGUUCAUCCAGGACAGAAACAAACAGCAGGAAGUUUUCUUUAUUUUUCUGACAUUUUAAACACUAAACAACAAAAACAAGAAGGUAAAACGGGAACAGUCUCCUUAUAGAGAUCCAUAUUAAUCUGUUCAUUCCUCAGAUCAGAGGAGAAACAGACACAGACAUGUUACUGUUCGUCUCCCAUCAGAUAAAUCUUCAUCACUCAGGUUCAAGUUCCAACUUAAGCCUUGACUCCUCCUCCUCUUCCUCCUGUUUGUUCAGUGGGAGUGGAGGAGGAUGUGAUCUGAUCCGGUCAGUCAGAGGACAAUAAAUGAUGAUGAUAAUGAUAGUUUGUGAUGAAGAGAAGGAAGCAGCUCUGUGCUUCUUCAUUCCUGUUUCUCUUAAGGUCCAGGUGGACCGAACUGAUCUGGACCGGAUCUGGAAUACCUGAGAGUGAAGGACACCGAGUCAGGCACAGGUCUCAUCACCUGGCUGCCGCUACGUUGCCAGGGCGAUGUUCCGCCGCAAAAAGAAAAAGCAUCGGCUGGAAAUCUCAGCUCCAAAGGACUUCCAGCACCGCGUCCACACAUCCUAUGAUGUCAAAACAGGACGCUACGUGGGUCUGCCGCCGCAGUGGCAGAGCAUCAUCGACACGCUGAAGAGGCCACGCCCCCUGGUGGACCCCUCCAGGAUCACAAAUGUGGAGCUCAAGCCCCAGAAGACGAUUGUUCGGGGCAGCUUCAUCGGUCACGGCGACUACAUCAGUCACGUGAUCUCUGAGUUGAGCCAUCUGUCCGUCACCAGCUCCAACUCUCUGCGCCGCAGCAGCCCAUCGGCAAGGAAACGGGCUCAGUCAAUGGGCUGUCUGGGGGAAUCGGCGCAUGAAGACUUGUAUCAGUACCAAGAGAUUAGUCGUCAUGACAACAGAGUGAAAGGAAAUGAGAACUCCACCUACUGGCAGGACCGGAUCCGACUAGUCCGCAGUGAAAGUGGCAGCCCGAAACUGAACGGACCCCUGGCAAGAACUAAGUCCAGCUGCCAGGUGACCUCUGUGCCUGAGGCCAUGCCCCUCUCACCUGGGACUCCUCAGAGGACAGGUGAGCAUUAUGCCCACAGUGAGGGGGCGGGGCUAAGGAGGAGGGCUCCUUCCUGUCUGCAAACUGUAGAGACCAACAGGGCUCACCUGAGACCAAGACCAGGUGUGACUCACCUGCCUGACCUUCUGUCAUCCUCCAAAGAAACGCCCAGAAGACCACACUCCUCCUACGACCUCAAGCUGCCCUCCUCCUCCUCCAUCAUAGCUAGAAGGUUACUUCAGCCAUCCUCCAUCAGCGUUUCUUCUAAAACUCCAGCUCCUCCAACACAGGAUGUCCCUUCCAAGCCCACACCAUCCCCUGCUGGUUCACCGGGCCCACCUCCAUCCUCCACCCUUCAGCCCAGACCUGACGGAGCUCCUCAAAAGGUGAACCAUGAGCAGUUUAAGGCGGCACUGCAGAUGGUGGUGGACCAAGGGGACCCCCGGAUGACUCUGGAAAACUAUGUGAAGAUCGGGGAGGGGUCCACAGGUGUGGUGUGCAUCGCCCGAGAGCAGCAUAGUGGGCGCCAGGUGGCGGUGAAGAUGAUGGACCUGAGGAAGCAGCAGCGUCGAGAGCUACUUUUUAAUGAGGUGAUGAUCAUGAGGGACUACCGACAUCCAAAUGUAGUGGAAAUGUUUCGCAGCGCCCUGGUAGGGGAAGAGUUGUGGGUCAUCAUGGAGUACCUGCAGGGCGGCGCUCUUACACACAUCAUCAGUGAGACCAGGUUGGAUGAGGAGCAGAUAGCAACGGUCUGCGAAGGCGUCCUGCAGGCGCUGUCUUACCUCCAUGCUCAGGGUGUCAUCCAUCGAGACAUCAAGAGUGACUCCAUCCUGCUCACGUUGGACGGCAGGGUGAAGCUGUCAGACUUUGGCUUCUGCGCUCAGAUCAGUAAAGACGUCCCAAAGAGAAAGUCACUGGUCGGGACUCCGUACUGGAUGGCUCCUGAGGUGAUCGCUAAAACCCCGUAUGGAACGGAGGUGGAUGUCUGGUCCCUGGGCAUCAUGGUGGUGGAGAUGGUGGACGGAGAGCCGCCAUAUUUCAGCGACACACCCAUCAGUGCCAUGAAGAAGCUGAGAGACGAGGAGGCACCAACUGUCAAGAACAUCCAGAGGGUGUCUCCGGUGCUGAAGGACUUCCUGUGUUGCAUGUUGACACGUGACACACAGCAGCGCAGCAGCGCCACCGACCUGCUAGAGCACCCGUUCCUGCUGCAGGCCGGACCACCACGCUGCCUGGUGCCGCUGGUGGAGACGCACCGCAAACGCAUGUCGCUCUGCUGAACACCUGAGGCGCACCUAGGAUCAUAACUAGGAUCAUACCUGAGAUUCACCUGAGAUCACACCUGAAACUCACCUGGUAUGAUACCAGAGACUAAUCUGGGAUUAUACCUGAGACGCACCUGUGAUCAUACCUGAAAUUACACUUGAGACUCACCUAGGAUCAUAUCUGUAGCUCACCUAGGACCAUAGCCCAAAGACACCUGAGAUUAUACCUGAGACACACCUGAUCUCACAUCUGGCACUCACCUGGGAUCCUUUCUGAGACUCACCUGGGAUCAUACCUGAGACUCAUCUCGGAUCACACCUAAGACUCACUUGAGAUGACAUCUGACACUCUCCUAGGAUCAUAUCUGUAGCUCACCUGGGAUCACACUUGAGACUCACCUGGGAUCAUACCUGAGACUCACCUGGGAUCAUACCUGAGACUCACCUGGGAUCAUACCUGAGAGAGAUCAUACUCACACAGGAUCAUAACCCAGAAUCACCUAGGGUCACACUUGAGACUCACCUAGGGUCAUACCUGAGAACUAUCUAAAAAUCUUUUGUGAUCUUCCUGAGACUCACCUGGGAUUGUAACCUAGACUCACCUGUGCUCAUGGGACAACAGAUUUUUUAAUCAUGUAAAGCAGCUUGUGUUGCCUUUCGCAGGAAAAGCGCUUUAUAAAUAAAGUUUGAUUUGAUUUGAUUUGAUUAUAACCUAGACUCACCUGAGAUCAAGCUUGAGACUCGCCUGGUAUCAUACAAUCUGAAUCAUCUGAAUUAUCUGUAAUAAUUUCUGAGACUCACCUGAGAUCGCACCUGAGAAACACCUAGGAUAAUUCUCACCUGUAUAUUCAGACUUCACUGCAGCGCUCUGUUUUUAAAGAUCAGGUGACACAUAAGCUGCAUUCUGAUUGGCUGCUGUGCAGGCUGCGGACUCAGCAGGGUGUCUGCAGGUUAGUGUGUUUAAUGUGUAAACACAGCUGUCACUGGAGAGGAGGAAGUGAACCGCUCAUGUUUACCUGUCAGCUGCACACCUGUGUGCUGCUCCCUGCUUGACCUCUGACCUCCUGUGUUGGAGUUUCUGACAGUAAGAUGGAUGUUUUGGACUUUUCGGGUUCCUUCAGGUUAAUUUUAUUGUUAUUUUUUAUUAAAUAAAUGAAAACUUUUUAUUUUUAUUUAAUGAACUCCGGCUUAACAUGAAAAUCAUAAACAAAGCCGUGCAGAAUUCUUCUGUUUGGUCUGGACGACAGAUCACAUUUCAUACAUAAAACCGCUGCAGGAAAACUUCAUGGAAGAAAUUCCUUUAUGAAAAAGUUUUAUAUGAUUUUAUUUUUAUCUGCAUCAGAACUUUAAUCAAUAAAAAGACCAAUGAACCACCAGAACAAGAAAGAAUAAAAUACAGAAACAUUUCAGAGCUCUUUAUAAAAAUAUAAUUUCAGUCUGGUGGAUAUUUUCCUGAUUGAUGGACUGAAUCAGGGCUUUAGAAAACAGUUUGGAUGUUAUGAGUAUAUGAGAUAAAAAUAACAGGAAGUUCUUGCAUUUUAUUCUUCAUCUAACAGAUGAUUUAUGUAGAAAAAGUUGCACUAGAACACUUUAUUCUGUUUGGGGUUUUCUUUAUAAAAAGCAGAUUAAUUAAUGAUGCAUUAAAAAUAUAAAAUAAU